AUGAUUAUUGGUUUGAUCGAGCCUAAGGUUCGCCUUCACAAGGUUCGUCAGAGUUUCUGGAUGUCGAUUAACAUGGUUCCACGACAUCAAAAUAGCAGGCUCUUGCGUCGCCCUAAUAUUUGGUUAAUUUCUCACCCUUCUGUGAACACUAACAUUAUUCACUCCUCCGAGCAAGCCAUUAUUGCGGACUGUAGCUGGAAUUCGAAGAUUUUCAGAGUUGCCAUUGUACAUGGCGCUAAUGAUCAGGUGGCCCGUCGCGUUCUUUGGUCGGAUCUUCUCUCGGUGAUUCAAGAAAACACUGUUUGUAUUGGCGAUUUUAAUGCAGUGAAGGGUGCCCAUGAGCGUAUUAGCAUGGUGACCCCUAGUAGAAGCUCUUGUCGUGAUUUCUGUAAGUUUAUUGAGGACGCUGAUUUUAUAGAGUCGCCUACGACAGGGCUGUAUUUUACUUGGUCGGGGCGUCGCUUUCUUCCCCGGCAUAUUGAGUCAAGGCUUGAUCGAGCUCUUUUCUCUUCUGGUUUCGCUGACAUGUGGACUAAUAUUGUCACUCAUGCGUUACCUAGAUUGACUUCGGAUCACUCGGCUUUAGUUCUUCAAUGUAGAGACGCGGAUCCUCCUGGGAAGCAUUCGUUCCGGUUUCUUAACAUGUGGGUUUUGCACCCUGACUUUCAAAACUUGACUCAUAACUCUUGGUCUGGUGAUGUGGACGUCCGUUGUCCCAUUUUCAAGGUGAUGUUUAAACUGAGAAGACUCCGUGCUGAUCUUAAGACCUGGAAUCGUACGGUUUUUGGGAAUGUUGAUGAUCAGAUUAUGGUUUAUCAGGUUGCACUUUUGGAGAUUCAGCAGCGUAUUUCACAAAAUGGGGAGGAGGGUCCGUGUCGUGACGAUAGGACCAUGUUGGAAGCUAUUAUUGAUCAUAGUGUCACUGAGGAGCAGAAUGCUAAUCUGAUCAGAAUCCCGGAGGAUGACGAGAUAAAGGCCUCGGUGUUUGGGAUGGACGCUUCUAGCGCCCCGGGUCCUGAUGGUUUUUCGGGUCUUUUCUUUCAGAAUUGUUGGCAUAUCAUUAAAGAGGAUAUAUGUCUCGCUGUUCGGUUUUUUUUCUUACGGUCUUACCUUCCUGCUGGCUGCAAUGCCAGCACGUUGAUUUUGAUUCCCAAGAAAGAUCAGGUUGAUACGAUUUUGGCUACCAGAUUGAGUGCGGUGGCAGCGGUCUGUGUUUCUCCUAAUCAGUUUGGUUUUAUCAGUGGUCGCAAUAUUCAUGAUUGUAUUGUGCUGGGUUCUGAAGGUUUUAAUUGCAUGAAUAGAGCUAGUCGGCGCUCGAAUUUUGCUUGCAAAAUUGACAUUAGCAAAGCCUUUGACACUAUGAGCUGGGGGUUCAUUUUACAGGUGCUUCAGGUCAACGGUUUUCAUGAGACCUUUAUCAGAUGGAUUUCUGUGAUUUUCACUUCGGCUCGCAUUUCUAUUCUUUAUAAUGGGCAGUUGAGUGGUUAUUUUGCUUGCUCCAGGGGAGUUCGCCAGGGAGACCCCCUUUCUCCUAUUCUGUUUGGCAUUGCUGAGGACGUCCUGAGCCAUCUUUUCCUGAAUUGUGUGCAUUCUCGGCACCUGGUGCCCAUGGAUUUUAGCCGAGGAUCUCACUUUCCCACGCAUCUUUUGUAUGCUGAUGAUAUCCUCAUUUUCUGUAAAGCUUCGGUUAGAAAUGCCAAAAAGAUCAAAGAAAUCUUGAAUCUUUAUGGUGAGCUGUCGGGGCAGAUUUGCAAUCCGGUUAAGUCUCAUGUUUUCUUUUCGUCUAGGGUGGCGACUCCCUUACGAAAUAAUAUUCAGAGGGAGCUUGGUUUUGCUAUCGGAAGUUUGCCGGUUACUUACCUUGGUGUUCCUUUAUUCACGGGCCGUAUUCGUGCUUCUUAUUUUAUGGCGAUUUAUGAUAAAAUCGUUAAUAAAUUUGCAAGAUGGAAAGGGUUGCAGCUCUCUAUGGCAGGACGUCUCUGUUUGGUUCGCUCGGUGAUUCAAAGUUCGGUUACUCAUUCCAUGAUGAUCUAUAGAUGGCCGAAAUCUCUUAUUUAUAAUUUGGAUAAGAAGUGUCGUAAUUUCAUCGGGACCGGGAGUGUAGACAUCAAACCUUCCUGCCCGGUCAGUUGGAAUCGGAUUUGUGCCCCUCGAGCGGAAGGGGGUUUGGGAGUGCGACCUUUCUCUACAAUGAACAAGAGUUAUCUGAUGAAAAUGGCGUGGAAAAUGGUCCAAGGUCAGGAUUUUGCGUUUGCUGUUCUGCGUACUCGUUAUCUCACUAUCUUUGGCUACGCGAAGCUUAAUAUUGCCUCUUCCCCUUACUGGACGAGCAUCCGAGAGCAUGUGAAUCAACUUGUUGAUAACUCUCUCUUAUGUGGGCAAGGGUUCGACCACUUACUUUUGGAAAGACGACUGGUUGGGUUACAAACUGAGGACUUUAUUAUUCAUUGUUCCGAUAUUGUGGUGGAUAUACUACUCCUCCCGUUUGGUGAUGAGGAAGAUCAACGUUUCUGGAAGUCGUCGCUUACUGGUAAUGUUUCGGCUGCUACGGCGUUUGCGGCUAACAGUCAUUGUUUCCCCAAGGAUAUCUUGAUUCGUCAUGGGAAGAUGAUUGGGCCGAAUAGGUGCGCCCUCUGUGGUAAGGACGAGGAAACUAUUAGCCAUCUAUUUUGGAGAUGCUCGGUGGUUAAGCUUGCUUGGCAUGAGUUGCUGGAGUGA